AUAUGCAACUUUCAAGUAACCUACAACAACUCGAAAAAUUAUUUGCCUCUCGAAUGGGGGCCUACGAGGAUAAGCUCAAAAAGGUGGCGAGUGAUUCUACAACAUUGCAUCCAGACUUCACGGCACUAUCAAAGGACUUUAACGAGUUUAAAUCGUUUGUAAUGGCUACUCUGUCAAACAUCAAAAGUCAAUUAGAAUUAAUCUCAUUAGGCUUGGAUCGGCAUGAAACUGCUAUGAGGAGGAAGGUUCUGUUGAUACAUGGAAUACCAGAAAAACAAAACGAAAAUCUGCAUAGCACCGUUCUUGCAUUGACCAACGACCAAUUGAAAUUGACAGAUUUUAAAACCGAUUGUGUUAGUGUUUGUCACAGACUUGGCGCCUCGCAGGGUAAACCUCGCCCAGUGUUAGUAAGAUUUAUGAAUAUCGAGUCACGUCAAGCAGUAUGGGACAGCAAGACUUCUUUAAAGGGCACGGGCGUCACUAUUUCUGAGUUCCUUACGAAAAUAAGGCAUGGUGUAUUUUUGUCAGCCCGAAAGCAUUUUGGCGUUCAACACUGUUGGUCAGCCGACGGUAAAAUAGUGUUAGUUCUACCUGAUAAAUCGCGUUAUAAGAUUGAAUCUCUGAAUGAACUACAGGCCCUUAUAAAGAAAUACCCAAUAAUAUGUACUGACACGGUAGAAUCAGCAGUGCAAGGGAAGCCGUCUACACUAAAACCUGCGGACGCGCAUGUGAAGACGAUAACUAAAAUGAACAGAAAAGGCCGGCGCUGAAAUUGACGUUUUAGGAUAAAUGGCAUAACAAUUUUAUUAUUUCUACUCCCAUACCAACGUUACAUAGUCGCUUAAUGUAUUUUACUGUUGUGUCUUGUGCUUGAACAUUUUGUUCGUUAUGUUCUAUUCUAUUUUGACACUAAUUCACUACGUAAUUUGUUUUGUAAAUUUUUGUUAGCCAUUUUAUUGUUUUAA